UGUUGGAAAAUCUAAUUGUAGGGUGGGGCUUAGGAUUUAUAAGAAGAGCUGCUGGCCCUAUUGAGUCAGUCUGGCCUGGUUACAGAGGAGGUAAAUUUGCUGUGCAGCCCAAAAAAGGUAUUUUUUCCUGAAAGGAGGUAAAUUUCAUGUAUGUACUAUGAUCAUUUUUUUGACAUUUUUCCUGCUGCUCUGCACUUAUUUUUGGGAGGUGUGAAUAUAAAAAUCAUAACACAAAGACAUUGACAUGCCCUCCAUGAUUUUUUCUUAAUUUUGGAGUCAAGGCUAUGUUGUCAAGGCCCACCACAGGGACUGUUUGCAAGAACCCGCGACAGAUGGUGUCAGGAGUGGGAUCAUGGCAUGUUGAAGGAAAACCAACCACCUCCCAAAGCAGAGUACUGGACUGCGCUCCCAGCAGCAAGAGGAGGCUUCCGCAGAAACAGCGUGGGAAACUCAGCCGUCUACCUCUGCAGAUGAGAAGAUGGAGCUGCCACAGACUCAACUCGGUGAGUCAGGGAAUGAAAUCAUGUCUCUGCUGCAAAACUUCAUGGAAGCACAGCAGAAAAAGGAGGACUCAUUGAUAAAAGUUCUGCACGACCUGAAAAGAUCUAUUCAGCCAGCAGUCCGGCAACCUCCACCCCGCACAAUAACAUUGAGUACUGGUUCAGCAAGUAGUCCAAGAUAUCAUCUGCCAACUCCAGCCUCACGUCGACCGCCUGAUUCAGGAUCCUCUCCCUCACUCCCAACAGAGUCCAGACAGAGUCGGUCAAGACAAAAGUUUCUUUGGGAGGGUCAUUCGGAUCCAAAGAUGCUCCCAUAUGCAGCUGGUGAGGAUAUAGAAGACUAUCUUAUGCGGUUUGAACGUAUUGCCAAAACUUGAAAAUGGCCAGAGACAGAAUGGGCAUGUCGACUCGUUCCAUUGCUUUCUGGUAAGGCGUUAGCAGCCUACACCGCAAUGGAUGAAGACAGGGCUCACUGCUAUAAUGAACUGAAAGCAGCGUUACUGGCUAAAUUUGAUAUAUCCCCAGAGACCUACAGGCAGCGGUUCCGGUCAACUAUGGUUCCACCUGAUGAAAGCCCUACAGAGACUUACUCCCGACUGAAGGGGCUUUACCGUCGCUGGAUUCGACCUACACAUCACACUAAGGAGCAGAUUGAAGAGGCCAUCGUUCUGGAGCAGUUCCUGCGAGUUCUACCUCCUGAGAUGAGGACGUGGGUGAAGGAACACAAGCCAAAAGAUGGACAUCGGGCAGCAAAGCUGGCGACACAGUUCCUCAAUGCACGGAAGGGAGGAUCCGGUGCCAACUUCAUCAGCAGGAGUUGCAGAGCUACAUUGCAGCCUGUCCAAGUGAAAGCUACAACAGAACGAAGCAACCGGGACUUUCCAGGUAACCCCUCACGGGAACCAGACCACCAUCAACCGGGUAAGACCUUUGUUUGUUAUUAUUGCCAACAACCAGGCCACAAAGCCUCUGUGGGUCCGGUGUGCAAAGCUAAGGUCACGGGUGCCUGUUAUCCACCCCGGCUUGAAGAGGGGAAUGUCGUAACUGAAAAUAUUAGCCAGCAUUAUCAAGAAAUAACUGUUAAUGGACAAAAUGUGACUGCUCUUUUUGACACUGGUAGUUUCAUGUCAGUCAUAAAGCAGAGUCUGGUACCAGUUGGCCAUACAGAUUAUGGAAGACAAGGGGACAUUUUGUGCGUCCAUGGUGACAAACAUACAUACCCGAAAGCAGAUUUAACAGUUGUUAUUGAUGAGCAACCAUAUCUGUUGACAUUUGGUGUUAUUGAAAACCUGCCCGUAGAUGUAAUUUUUGGACGGGACUUACCAGUGCUUUUUGACUUACUGAAAAAAAACAGUCCACUCAGAUGGAUUCUGAUAAGGAUGUCGAAACCCAAGUAAAUGUGAAUAUUUCUUGUCCAGUGGUCACCAGAGCCCAGGCACAGGCCGGUGUCCAACCAUUACCAGACUUUGACAGUAGUUUGUGUGAUGGUGGCACACAGGGGCCAAGAAAAACCAGGAGCCAACGGCGUUUUGAAAAACGGUUAAGGUUAAAAGAAUCUGAUAAAAUAGAUUUAUUGUGGGACAUACCAGAAAACAUUUCUCUUUUACAGCAAGAGGAUGAAAGUUUGAAACCGCUAUUUGUAAAAGCUGAAAGAGAAAAAAAUGGAAAUUGUGUGGUUGAACCCAAGUAUCUUGUUGAAAGUGAUGUGUUGUAUAACACUGAAAAUAAGUGCAAACGGUUAGUAGUCCCUGCUAAAUGUAGACCUCUCAUUAUGUAUUUAGCUCACACAUUGCCAUGGACAGGACAUCUGGGUCGUCAUAAAACAUAUCUACGUACUAGUGCACGCUUUUACUGGCCAACAAUGUACAGCGAUAUUCAGACUUAUUGUGCCACCUGCCCUAUAUGUCAAAAAACAUCUGCCACCCGCAAAGCUGACAGGGCAUUGCUUCAACCCCUGCCAGUCAUUUCUACACCAUUCCGCAGGAUUGCUAUGGACAUUGUGGGCCCAUUAAUAAAAAGCAGCAGCGGCCAUCAGUACAUCUUGGUUGUGUCAGAUUAUGCAACACGGUUUCCUGAGGC